CACCAGGCUACGAUUUUCUGUCAGCAAGUACCUCAUAAGUGUUUACGUUUAUCUUUAGUUACACUUUAGUGCCUGGCAUGGCGAUACGCAGAUUUUAGCCUGCUAAAUGUAGCUUAAAUUGUUAACACAGCGUUAUUUAAACUAUGAAUGAUUCGGUUAUAAUGUACAUGGUAUACUAGUAAACUGUUUGUAGCCAAAGAAGACAUUUUCCCACAGAAGAGAUCAGGUUGCAUGAACAUUGAGAAGGGAAAAGAUCAGAACGAGAAAGAAGAAGGAAAAGUGCACUGAGAAAGGAAUCGAACAAGGACUUGAUGUCGUAUUACAACAGAGAAGGACUAUUCAAUCCUGCCUACCAUGACAGUGAAACUCUUGAAAUCGACAGGAGCCCCUCCAGAAGGUCUCAUCAUUACAAUCCCUAUGAUCGGGACAGUGAGCCCUGGCAAAGGGGCUUGACAGACUGGACACCUCCCGAGGCACUGCCCCGCUACAAUGAACAGGGCAGGUACCUCGGGGACAGUGGGGAAGGGAACUGGAGGCCCACAGACCACAUGGCAAUGGGCCUCGUUCCCCACCCGAAUGGCAGCCUAAGAUGGCAACAUAACCAGGGUUCAGUUAACGCUGGGUACCAAGCAGAUUCUGCAGUGGACUACAUUACACCCCCACUGGAAGAACAGCCACCCUGGGCUCCACACAUGGGUGAGACACUGCGACAGAGAGGAACAAGGAAAAUGAGCCUGUUUCCAGGUGGUGGUGUUGCCCUGGGCAGACUGGGCAUAACCGAGGAAGACGUCAGGGAAGAGAUUCAAAGCGGGGAGCAGGAGUUGGUGAAAGAACUGGUUGCUAUGUCAUCCAGGGACCAAAUCCAAGCCAUGCGAGUCCUCCAGAUGAGCCUUCAAGACAAACGACAUAUUAGGAGACAAGUACUUGCUUGUAAGUCCUCCAAGCGGGGCCUCAAGCUGACCUGCCUUACAGACUGCACUGAGCAAGUGUCUCGGUCCUUCCGUAGGUUUGGAGCCAGCAUGGUGUCAGCCAAACAGGCGAUGACGCUGUGGCAUGGCACCAUAAAGGAAAUAGGGGGCAAGUUUGGCACGAGUGUCCUCUCCUACUUCCUUUUCCUCAAGUGGCUGCUCAUGUUCAACGUUUUCUCCUUCGUGGUCAAUUUUGGCUUCAUUACUGUGCCGCAGCUAGUGCAGCUGCCCAACAGAACGGAUCAAAUUAAUUUCAGGGGGCUGGAACUCCUCACUGGAGCUGGAUAUUUCAACCAGACAGUCUUGUACUAUGGUGGCUAUAGUAAUGAAACAAUCGGAGAUCCUCCAGCAUAUGACAUGCAGCUGGCAUACUUCUUCACUAUUGCAGCUUACCUGGUUCUGUGUGGACUUUCUCUGAUCUACAGUAUGGCUAGAUCCUUCCAGAAGAACUUUGUGCUGUCUGCCUCUGGCAAUGCCUGGUGUCUCUUGUGCAGCUGGGACUUCAGUAUCACCAACGUGAAAGCAAUACGUCAGCGCCAGAACAACCUUCGCGUCCAGCUCAAGGAGUCCCUUUCAGAAAAGAACCAGGGGUUCCAUAUGACCAUGUCAGAGAAAUUGAAACAGUUUGGGAUCCACCUGGGAACCUGGUUUAUCUCCACGGGGUUGGCAGCAGCUUCCUGUGCUGCCAUCUACUUCCUGUGUCUGGGAUAUCUUGACUCGAUCAAGGAUUCUCAGGACUCUAGCCUGCUAACAGAAGCUUCCACUCUUCUGCUGCCCUUUGUGGUCUCCCUCAUAAACCUUGUCAUUCCACUGCUGUACUCACUACUUAGCAAGAUUGAGAAAUACUCCAACCCCCGCACACAGAUCUAUGUCAUCAUCCUCAGGAAUGUCUUCCUAAAGAUGGGAAUAUUGGGAAUUCUCUGCUACUACUGGAUGAAAAUACUUUCUAACAGAAUUACAUGUUGGGAGUCCAUUGUUGGACAAGAUUUGUACCGGCUGGUGAUCAUUGAUUUUAUCUUCUUAAUGUUGGAAACCUUCUUUGGAGAGUUUUUACACAACAUCAUUGGGACCAAGUGUCUGCCAAGUCUGGGGGUUCCAGAAUUUGACAUCGCUAGGAACGUCCUCAACCUGAUCUAUGCCCAGACACUGGCAUGGAUUGGGAUUUACUUCUCUCCACUGCUGCCAGUCUUACAGAUGAUCAAGCUGUUCAUCAUGUUUUAUCUGAAGAAGGUGAGCCUGUAUCAGAACUGCCAGCCCCCCCGUCGUUACGGCAGGGCCGCGCAGAUGCAGACCAUCUUCAUUGCCCUACUCUUCAUCCCCUCCUUCGUGGGGGCAGUGUCCAUGGUGGCCUACACUGUGUGGAGCCUGAAACCGUCAGCGCACUGUGGGCCCUUCCAGGGCCUCGACACCACUUUUGAGGCUGUGGUUCUCUGGAUGGAAAGAGUGAACAUCCUGAACCUCCCAGAAUCCAUGUGGGCUGUUUGGAUAUUCCACAACGUGAUCAAAAGCGAGCUCUUCUUCUACCUCAUCAGCCUGAUAAUCCUGGUAUUGAUAUACUUCUUCUGGCAGAUAACACAAGGACGCAAACUGCUGAUAAAUCUUCUCAGAGAGCAGAUCAUUAAUGAGGGAAAAGACAAGGCAUUCCUGCUGGAAAAACUGCAGAAGCUUCAGAAAACAAUGCCGACAAUGGCUUCCUCCCAACCAGCCUACACACAGAUGCCCCAGACCUAUGCCAGGAUACAGGAGAUUGAACCAGAUUAUGAGCAGGAUUUUCAAGGCCUACCUGGCAUACCUCAUCCUGAAGAGGGCUCUGGUCCCACUGGUCCACCCAUCACCAGCGCCCUGAUCCAGGCCAUGCUGGCCCGGAAGCAGGCUGAGGAAGAUGAGGAGGAAGGCUACUGAAAAAGAUUUCAGAAAAUGUAUUUCCAGGAAAUACAUCAUUACUGGCCUGCCCCAAGACAUGAAUCCUGUUCUGACAAGAAAAAAACAUCCCCAGUAAUAAACAAAUGGAUCCACGUUCCCUGGACUAACAUUCCCCACCUUCAGUGCUUUUCAUGGUACAGAUGUUCAUGCAUUCAUCUUUUCAGACAUUGUCAGUGUCCACUUAGGCCGGUCUGACAUAUCUGUAAGUGACAACGGUGUCAUCCAAUGAGGGAGGGUUUCAGUCAACAUGUGAUCCGCCCCAUUGCUCGAUGUUUAUAAUCUGCCUGCUGCUUUGUAAGCAGCAGCUACUCUGCUUAGUUGACAAAUUACAGUGUGGGGAAAAAAGGUAGUCAGCUGAUUUCACAACUUCAGUGGACAUUCACUAGUUGCACCCUCCAGAAUGGAUGGAGGAUGCUGCAGUCAUGACACCGGUUGAUUGAGCAUCAAGGCCUGCUUGAUGUACAUGAUGAUGUAUUUUUUUGUAAUUUAUACUAACAAAAAAUACCAUUCCAUUCCAUUGGUCCGUUGACCCAACUGUACAGUAACCACUUCAUUGUAAGGAAAAAUAGAGACACCAGUGUGCAGAAAAAAAAACAAGGUAGAGACUAUUUGGACCCUGAAAAUGCAUGUACAGAUAUUAUUGUAAUGAAUUUGGAUAGAACACUUAGCUUCUUUGAGCCACAUACAAGCUCUCAAGCAGGCAUCAGUAUGCAGCAGCAUUUAUGUUUUAAAGGUACCAACUUGUGAUCUGGGAAGUGGCCACAGGUCAUUCUCCUUUUUUUUCAGUCCGUCAAAGCAUCUAAAUUCAUUAAAUGGAAGAUAAUUUACUGUAAAUUGAAACAUUGUAUGAUGUCAAAGAGACAGAGGCCUUUUGGUUAACCCUGGAAAUGUUGAUUUAGAUUUUUGUUUAAUAUUUAUAUUGUUCAUUCCUAUGGAUGUAACCAAGAUAACACCAUGCCUAUUGGCUUCUGUCCAACCCAGUCCAACUAAACUGAGCAGAUGGUUAAAUGCUAAUGUCACAGUUGUAGAGUGGUGAAGCUUCUAUGCUUCUGGAAGAGGUUUUCCCAUUCGUUUUUGCCAUGGGCUGGGGGGCUGUCCAACAGUAACCCUACCUCCCUGAGCAAGCUAUGGCCAGUGAUGCACUGCUGGCCUUCCCACCAAUCUGCACUGACAUGGUAUUGUUGACCAAGAUGUGUGUUACUGUACUGAGAACAAGUGUGUGAUUUAAGUUAAGUUUUGUAAAAAUGUGUAAUUAUUACAUAAAAUAUUCAUCAACCUA